AUGAGCUGCCUGCUUUUGCGCCAAAGUGAUGCUGAUGCUGCGUCGUCAAACCAAUGGGCUCCGUAUGAGUCAAAGACAAUGUUUCUUCUUGAUACCAUCGAUAACCUACCUCGGUGCCCUGUCUCCAAUUCACUCAUGCAGGUAUUUCUUUGGACUCUCAAGGAGACAGGUGCCCGUGAUGUCCCUUCGCUCUACAAGCUUCGCCAUACACAAGAGAAACUACGCCAGAAGUGUGGCGUACCCUCUAUACGAUGCCAGUCUGAACUCGGGAAUGUCUUCUACAUGAAUGAUAUUCGGAGUAUCAUUGCCAAGGAUUGGGCAAACCCUCAGACUCGAUCAUAUAUCCAUGUCUAUCCUGAGGUCCCAGAGGGUGGAAUCCGUGAGGUCUGGCAUGCUAAUAAGUGGCGCCACGAGAUGGACACACGGAUGCUCAGCCCAAUGUACGAUGCCGGUGCUGGUAAGCACUUCUAUGUCGACGAGCUGGCCAAGCUGCAGAAUGGAACCUUUGUUAUUCCUAUACGCUGGGUUGUAGUCCAUGGUGAAGUUCAUGCAGAUGCAUUUACUGUAACAAUUGACCAAAGUGGUAUGGCUUCAGUUAACGAUGCUGAAUCUAUCGAUAUUGAAGCAAAUGCCCUUUGCUACAACUACCAUGAUUUGGCAGAAGCCAAGGUACUACCACACAGCUGGGAUGAGCGAGCAACUAGCUGGAGAUAUCCUGAGAACAUGCCCAAUCACUUGCGAGAGGUUGCGCAGGGAGAUCCACUGUACACCAGCUUUGUCGACUAUUUUGGAGAUGAUGUAUCCGGUAAUCACUCAAAGUCUUGGAACAAACACUGGAAUGCCUAUGUCACACAUCGGAAUCUGCCACGCGAGCUUCUGCAGCAAGAAUUCCAUACGCACUUUUUAUCCACUUCCCAGCAUGCCUCGAUUGCCGAACAGUUCAUGGCGUUUAAGAAAAUCCUCGAAUCUACGCACACCAACCCUGUUGUUGUCCGGGACGGCAUCACCGGAGAGAACGUCCGCUUCCGGCUUCAUGUCAAUGCUCAACCAUCUGACAACCCCAUGCAGAGUGAAGUAUCUGCUCAUAUCAGUGGACGUGGUAAUUGCUACUGUCGAAAGUGCGAUGCAGGUGGAACAAAGGCACACAAGGAGACAAAUGCAGGCUACCACAGCCUUUUCCAGGUUGGGACACCACGCACCAAGGAAGGAAUACUUCGAGAACUCGAGAAGCAGGUCGCGGUGGCAUGUAUGGGCGUUGCAAAAUCCGUUAAAGAUCUCCAGACAGCCACAGGAGUCAAGAAUCUAUAUACUCAGCAUUGGAUCAACCGCUUGCUCGAGCGUGCACGGCAGAUGAAGAGAGACAAUAGCUCACGCACUAAGGACUCAAUACGCGAUGAGCUCCAACAGUGGGUUGAAGAACACAAGGAGAUAAUUAUCAGCCCUUUCUUCACCGUUGAUGGAUUUGAUCCAACACAGGACACACCCAUCGAGAUCCUUCACACUAUUCUUUUGGGGAUGACAAAGUAUGUCUGGCAUAUGACCCAUAUACAGUGGACUAUGGAGCAGAAAAAUCUCUACGCUCAUCGGCUUCAGGCAACAGAUGUCAAAGGCCUAUCAAUCCCUGCAGUCCGUGCUCAGUACAUCAUGCAAUAUGCGAGUUCUCUUGUGGGUCGCCAGCUCAAGACGAUUACACAAACAAUCUCGUUUCAUGCCUACGAUCUUGUACUGCCACUUGUGUUUCAGCUUUGGCUAGCAGCAGGAGAGUUUUCAUCUCUUAUUUGGUUCCCUGAGAUACAAAAUCUAGACGAGUAUCUGGAUGACAUUGAGGUCGCUCUUGCAAAUGUGCUCGAUACAUUCUGUGAUAUAGAGCCAAGCAAAAUAGUUGAGAAGGUCAAGCUACACCUACUGACGCAUACACGAUACGACAUCCUUCACUUUGGACCCUUGCCGGGUCAAGCCACAGAAGGCCAUGAAAGCUUCAACGCUGUCUUCCGGCACUGCUCCGUCUUCUCAAACCAUUUAGCCCCAAGCCGUGACAUUGCCAAGCAGCUUGCUCAGCAAGAGGGGAUGAAACAUCGUCUUACAGGUGGCUACUGGCCAGAUAACGAGAGCGGAGACUGGUGUAGGGCAGGCCCGGGUGUGCUGCGCAACUACCUGGAAAGACAUCCUAUCCUGCAGCGCCUGCUUGGCUGGACAGAACACCUGCGACAGGCCCCUGGUUCGUCAAAGCCAAUACCUCUCAAGAAAGGCGAAAAGUCUCGCCCUAUACAGCGACUAGCAGAAACAAAGGCAUCAAAAGCAUUAUACUAUGACAGUAGCAAAGGAGACUCGCAGUGGAUUAGUGGCAGAGCAGUUGUCGCACAAUCUGCAGAGGAGUGUUUUCCUGGCUCUUGGGUGUUUGUUCGUUCACCUGCAAUAGACACUGGCAACGAAUCGCUCGUUGGAGUCAUCAUAGAGAUUUUAAUCUCCACGGCCAGAAAGGAGCCGGAGGCGGUGGUUGUUAUUGAGAGGUUUUCUGUUGCUGAGCGGCGUCAUCCCCGGUGGAAUAUGCCAUACAUGUACCGACCGAAUGCUGAGUCAGUGCUCGUGCUUAUCCCUGCAAAGAACGUCGAGUUCGCAUUCAAUGCCCAGCAUGAUUGCCCGUCCGCUGGCUGUGCAAUCUCAGGUACGCGCAUGGCCGUCCAGGAGCGCGAAGCAUCAGGAAAAGAAGAGGGAUACAUGGAGCACAAGCACUCACUUGCCGACAGAUUUAUUGUCAACACACACAGCUUCCAUAAUGCGCAUCUCUUGCGCUCAGCCCUUCCUCGAUACUUGACAAAGCCAAUUCCCCUGUAUCCGGAUCGAUGGGCCAAAACAUAA